AUGGCUACCAAACUCUUCUAUCUCCUUCUCAUCCUCUCCUCCACCACCUUCUCCCUCGCCUCCGAUGAGGACAAAGCCAUCUCAACUAAUUGCAAUGCCGGCACGGCCGGAGAAUGCUACAAUAAAGCCGAAUCAAUGCGGCUUAAGCUCAUUGCCAUACCGACAAUUUUAAUUGCAAGUAUGAUCGGAGUUUGCCUCCCACUCUUUUCCCACUCCAUUUCCGCUCUCCGUCCUGAUCGCAAUUUCUUUGUCCUUGUCAAGGCAUUUGCCUCUGGCGUAAUUCUUGCCACUGGCUAUAUGCACGUGUUACCGGACUCUUUCGAUAACCUUACAUCGCCGUGCUUGCCGGAAAACCCAUGGCGGAAAUUCCUUUUCGCAACUUUUGUUGCAAUGCUAUCGGCAUUGGCGACAUUGAUGAUGGAUUCAUUGAUGAUGAGUUUUCACAGUAGGAAGAUGGGAGGAAGAGCCAAUGCCGAGGUCUCUGACCUCGCAAGCCCCAAUGAGGGGAUGCAUAACCCUAGCCCCAGCCUUGGCCACGGCCAUGGCCACAGCCAUGGUUUUCAAGCAAAUAAUAACAAGGACUUGGAAGCCUCUGCAUUACAAAGAAAUCGUAUUAUAGCUCAGGUUUUGGAGAUCGGAAUUGUGGUGCAUUCAGUGGUGAUUGGAUUGUCAAUGGGGGCGUCACAGAACCCAUGCACAAUUAGGCCUCUUGUUGCUGCCCUUUGUUUCCAUCAACUCUUUGAAGGAAUGGGACUUGGCGGUUGUAUUCUUCAAGCAGAAUAUGGGAUGAAGAUGAAAUCAAUAUUAGUGUUCUUCUUCUCCACAACAACACCAUUUGGGAUUGCACUUGGGAUUGCAUUGUCAAACAUAUACAGUGAUAACAGUCCUACAGCUCUCAUUGUUGUAGGACUACUCAAUGGAGCAUCUGCUGGUCUUUUGGAGUACAUGGCCCUUGUUGAUCUCUUGGCCACUGAUUUCAUGGGUCCAAAGCUUCAAAACAGCAUCAAGCUCCAACUUUGGGCUUUUCUUGCUGUGCUUUUAGGUUCUGGUGGCAUGUCCCUCAUGGCCAAAUGGGCUUAA